AUGCUCAACAUUAUCGAGCUUUUCUACGUUUUGUUCAAAAAUAUCAAGGAUCGCGUCAAGGGUAAGCAGCCGCCUACACAUUACCCAACUGGAACCAUGAGUACAUCGCCGAAAGAACUCUCCACAACGAAGUACGCCUACUACAACGGCUGCUCUUCCCCCAGUGCGCCUCUGUCCCCGCCGGGAUACAAGCUAGCUACAGGUGAACGGGGAACAGGCUCGGUCCGGAACUUCAACAAACAAGCGACAGAACAGAACUGGGCUAACUACUCCACGGAGCAGGGCCGACUGGGACCGACCGGAGGAGGUAGCACCAUCUCCAACUCCCACGCUCAGGCCUUUGACUUCCCAGACGACACCGUAGAGCACAAGAAGAUUAUUCAUCCACCGGCUCCGGAGCUGCACCCUCUGUCCCUGCUGGACCCUCGGCCCUGUAGCCGUGCUAGCAGCCGCAUGAGCCGCGCCCGGCCUGACGAUCUGGACGUGUGA